GGGGUCAAAGGUGACGGGUCCCGGUUUGAAAGUGUUUGAAUCUUUGAUGUGAGGUCGGUCUUCGGUGCUGUCGGUGCUGUGCUCGGUUACCGGAGUCAGUGGCGGGUGUGGGGUCUGUUUACCUGUGACGGUGACGUCAGUGCUCGCGCUGCGGCUUCAGAGUUGUCCUCUGUCUCUGCCCACCUGUCGGCAUGGAGUCGCGGCUGCUGAUUGGUUGGCAGCAGGAGAACAAGGAGCUUAAACGGGAAGUGUGUCGUGUGCAGGAAGAGCUGGCGGAGAGUCGAGCCGAGAGAGACGAGCUCGAGUCGAGGAACAGAGCUCUGAACGACCGGCUGUGCCAGUCAGUGUGUCCCUCCCUCACCCCCUCUAUGCCUGUGGAGGGCGAGCAGAGGGAGUGGAGGAGGCGAGUGAGGGAGGGAAGAGAGAGGGAGGCCAGACAGGCGCUGCUUGUUCACCGGCUGCAGAACAAGGUGAUUGAGUACAGAGAUCAAUGUCAACGUCUGGAGCUUCAGCUGCUGGAUGAACAAACACAUCGGCUCAACACUGAGCAGAAGAUCAGAGAUGAACACAGUGACUCUCUGGAGAGCGCCCUCAUCACGCUGGAGGAGGAACAGCAGAGGUCAGUCAGUCUGGUUGAGACCAAUGCUCUCUUGCGGGAGCAGCUCAGCCAAUCAGAACAGGUCAACCAGGCCCUGACGGAAGACCUCCAGAAGCUGACUGCUGAUUGGUCGAGAGCUGUGGAGGAGGCCGAGCAGAGAGAGUCUGGUUGGCCGAGACAAAAGGAGUGUGUAUCAGGUGGUGUGGGUCAGCAUCAGGCUCGGUUCUUGUCUGUGUGGAGAUCUGUAGUUUCUCUGCAGCGACUCUGUCACUCUCUUAAAAUUGCUGCUGACAGGGACCUGUGGCAGCUGAGGGCGGAGUUUUCUCGUGUCUCCUCCUGUCUCCUCUCUAGCUGUGACUCUGUCUCCUCCUCAAUGCUGCUCAGCACUCCUCGAAUCAAACCUUCCUCCCCUGCUCCUCCUCCUUCCCCCCUCUCCUCCACCCUGGUCCUCCCUCCUCCUCCCCUCUCCUCCACCCUGGUCCUCCCUCCUCCUCCCCUCUCCUCCACCUUGGUCCUCCCUACUCCUCCCCUCUCCUCCACCUUGGUCCUCCCUACUCCUCCUCCCCUCUCCUCCACCCAGGGAACCUUCUUGUUGGGGGAGCUGGAGCAGAGGACGGAGGAGCAGCAGCUCCACCAGGAGGCUGAAGUCUCUGAGCUGAAGCAGCGGGUGGUGGAGCUCUCUCGCUCACUGCAGGAGGAGCACAGUCAGAGGGAGGAGAGAGAGAGAGCGGUGGAGAGACACAGAGAAACAGAGAGACGGCUGCAGUCCGUCAGUCGGGCUGUGAUCCGUCUGUCCAGAGUCCUGAGCAGCAGCUGUCAGUCUGUGUGUGUGUCCUCGGACAGCGUCCUCAGUUUGGACCUGUGCUCCCUACUGUCGGUCGUGUCUCAGGCGGAGAGCGCCCUGCAGAGGAGGCACCAGGAACUGCAGGGGGCGGAGCUAUCUCUGAGGCGGCUGGGCGAGGAGAAAAUGGCCCUGCAGCUCAGACUGAAGCAGGUGGAGGACGACAAUCAUCAGCUGCAGACACGCACACAACACACUCAGCUGCAGACACGCACACAACACACUCAGCUGGAGCUCACACACACUCUGGACACACUGAGCAGGGAGCGCGAGGCGUUGUCCUCUCUGCGUCUGAUGGAGGUGAAGAAGAAGGAGGAGGAGUUGAAGACGAGGGAAGAGGAGGGGAAGACGAGGGAGGAGGAGGUGCAGAGGGAGAGCAACCGACUGAGGAAGGAGAGAGAAACUCUCAGACGAGAGGAGAUGGAGCUGUUGGACAACGUCCAGCUGACAGAGAGAAAUUCGCUCCGUCAGCUGGAGAUUCUCACUCUGAAGGGGGCGGUGGAGAGGGAGCAGCUGGACAGACGCAGAGCAGAGGAAGAGGCUGCUGACGCCCGAGACGCCCUGACACAGUCCCGGGAGCGUGAGCUGCGUCUCUCAUCCUCUGAGUGUGUGUUGACGUGGGAGGUGGACGCGGGACGGGACGCUCUGGACAAGAUGGCCACCCUCAACGUAGGUUUGGAAUCAGACAAGAGAGAGAUGAACAAACAGCUGCUGCAGCUGGAGUGUGAGCUGUCCGACAGCCAAUCCCAGCUGCAGGCUCUGAGGUCAGAGGUCAGCUCUCUGCAGAGAGAGGUCAAGUCCCUCCACACAGACGGCAGUUUGCUCAGAGCUCAGUGGCAGGCGGAGGCCGACAUUGUCCAUCAGAUGAGAGAAAGAGUGCGAGACAUGGAGAGAAUAAUGGAGGACAAGGAGAGGGAGAUGGCUUCCCUGAUGGAGAAGAGAGAGAGGGAUGGACGGCAGCAGGAGGAGCUGUGUGAGGACGUGAGGAGGAGACACCUGCAGCAGCAGGAGGAGCAGCAGAAGGAGAGCAGGCGGCUGCAGGAGCAGCAGGAGGAGCAGCAGAGGGAGAGCAGGCGGCUGCAGGAGCAGCAGGAGGAGCAGGAGAGGGAGGAGCAGCAGGAGGAGCAGAGCAGUCUGCUCAGACAGCGGCAGCAGCUGGAGGAGGAGCUGCAGGAGCUCAGAUCUCUGUCGGUGUCUCUCCACCAGCAGCUCACUCAGCAGCAGAAGCAGUUGUCUCAGUUGGAGUUGGACAGAAGUCAGAUGAUCACACAAGUUCACACUGUGCAGGAGGCUAAACAGGCCAUACAGGGAGAAGUCCAGUGUCUGAGAGAAGAAAUGGAACAAGAAACAGCCAAGAGAAGGAGGAGUGAGGAGGAGAGAAGGAAGAGUGAGGAAGAGAGGGAGGCGCUGAAGGAGAAGACGGAGAGGCUGAGGAGGACGAUGAGGGAGGAGGAGGAGGAGAGGAAGAAGGAGAGAGAGGCCUGGCAAAGAGAGAGGGAGGCUCUGAGUGAAGAGCUGGGCACGACAGACGGAGAAGUGGAGGCUCUGAGGAGGCGCAAAGAGGGACUGACGGAGGAAAAGGAGGAGACACAGAAGGAGAUGGAGAGACUGAGUGGGGAGGUGACGGAAAGGGAGGCGCAAAUCAGCAAGAUGAUGGAGAGAGCACAGCGGGUGGAAAGAGAGAGAGAGGAGGAGAUGAAGAGGGAGGAGGAGAGGAAGACAGAGCUCAGGUCGAGAGAGGAGGAGAUGAGGAGAGAGGAGGAGAGGCUGAGGGACAGAGAGAUGGACGCACUCUGUGACCGGAUGGGGAGAUUAGAGAGAGGGAAGGAGGAAAGGGAGAAGGAGGUGGAGAAAUGGAAGGCGAGAGUGGAGGAGGUGGAAGAGGAGUUUGUCAGACUGAGUAAAAAAGUCUCCCAACAAGAGGAAGAGGGGAAGGAGCUGGAGAGAUUGAGGGGCAGGGUGGAGGAGGUGGAGAGGGAGAGAGAGGAGAAUGAGGGGCAGGUGGAGCUGCUGAGUGUGAGACUGAAUGUGGCAAAGGAAGAGUGUGAGGAGAUGAAGGAGGAGGUGCAGCGGAGAGAGCGCAGCCUGGAGCGUCAGAUGAGCGCCGUGAGGGAGAGGGAGGAGGAAGUGGAGGAGCUGAAGCAGCAGCUGAGGCUGGUGGAGGAGCGGGAGGAGGAGGGAGCAAGGGAGCACCAGGAGGUGAAGGAGAAACUGAAGCAGAAGGUGGCGAGAGAGGAGCAGCUGGAGCUGUUGCUCAGAGAAACUCGGGCUCUGCUGGAAGAAGAGAGGAGGGAGGCUGGAGGAAGAGACGACAGGAUCUCCUCCCUGCUCCGAGAGCUGCAGGAGGCGCAGGCUGAAACCGAGGGAGCGAGGAGGAGAGCCACACAGUGGGAGGAGGACAAGGACAGGCUAGAAGAGGAGGUGAAGGACUGGAGGGAGAAGGCAGAGCUCGGCACACGGGAGUCGGCAAAGCUCAGCCAUCUUCUGAAGGACAGAGAGGAGAAGGCGCAGCUGCUGAGAACUACGCUGGAGGAGAGGGAGGAGGAGAGGAGAGAGAGGGAUGUGCUGAGGAGAACAGAGGAGGAAAGGAGGAGGAGACUGGACAACAAGCUGAUGGAGAUGGAGGAGGAGAAGAGGAGGCUGGAGGAGAACGUGAGGGAGAGAGAGGAGGAGCAGGAGGAAGAGAGGGAGGUGCUGAAGAGGGUCAGAGAGGAGAGGAGGAGGUUGGAGGACAGAUGCAAAGAGAUGAAGAAUGAAGUGGAGGAGCUGAGGAGGACACAGGAGGAGGAGAAGAAGAGGCUAGAGAACAGACUGAAGGUGAUGCAGCAAGGGAGAGAGGGAGAGGAGAAGAGGAGGCUGGAGGAGAAACUGAUGGAGAGGGGGAAAGAACAGAGGGAGGUGCAGAGGAGUAAAGAGGAGGAGAAGAGGAAACUAGAAGAUGAACUGAGGAAGGCCAGUGAGGAGCAAGAGAGAUUAGAUCAGCACCUCCUGUUGGAGGAGCGAGGGAAGACCACAGUCAGAGAGCUGGAGGAGGAGAUGGCAGGCCUGUCGGUGGAGCUGAGGAGGAGGGAGAGGGAGGUGACAGCUCUCAGGGAUGAGGUGCAGAGGGAGAGAGAUGGGACACAGGAGCAGCUGAGGACGAGGAUAGAGGAGGUGACCGGGGUACAAAGGGAGAAGGAGGAGAUACAGGAGGAGAUGACAGCCCUCAAGGAGGAGGUCCACAGGGAGCAGAGAAGGAGGGAGGACGUACAGGAGGAGCUGAGGAGGAGUGAGAGGGAGAUGUCUGUACUUAGAGAGGAGCUACAACAGGAACAAAGGGAGAAGGAGGAGGUGCAUGAGGAGCUUGUAAGGAGGAGAAAGGAAGUGCUGACGCUCAGGGAGGAUGUGGAUAGGGAGUGGAGGCAGAAGGAGGAGGUGCAGGAGCAGCUGAGGACGACCAAGAAUGAGUUGGCAGCCAUGACAGAGGAGGUUCACGAGGAACGAACGCAGAAAGAGCAGACGAAGGAGAAGCUCGUGAAGAUGGACGAGGAGGUGCAGACGGUGCGGAGGAGGAGGGAAAAGUUGCAGCAGAGUGUGGACGUGAUCACGGAGAAACUGAGCUCCGUGCAGAGUCAGCAGAGCCAUGGAGAGGAGGAUCGUCUGAGGAGCGCUCUGAAGGAGAAGGAGGAGGAGCUGGAGAGGUUCAGAGAGGAGACCCUGAGGACUGUCAGGGAGGAGGUAGAGAAGGAAAGAGGAGAGGUGGAGGAGCUGAGAGCAAGAGUCAAGGCCCUGGAAAGGAGGAGACGGGAGGUGAUGGAGGAGCUGGAGGAGGCUCGACAGGCGAAAGAGAAGGCAGAGGAUGAAAGGAGAGAGGCUGAGGAGCGGUGGAGGAGCAGAGUGGACAAGAUGGAGGAGGACCAGGAUGUGAAACAGGAAGCUCUGUUGAGAGAAAUCCAGACGUUGAAGGAGAGACGGGAGGAGGCAAGGAGGGAGGUGGAGGAGAGCAGGACAGAGCUGAGCCGGGCCAGAGCCACGGCGGCCAUGUUUGAAGAGCAGAAAACACAGAUGACCUCAGAGAGGGAAGAGGAGGAGGAGGGAGAGAGGAGGAAGAGGGAGGAGGAAGAGGAGAUGAGGAGGCUGCUGAGGCUCAGAGACGAUCAGGUGAACUCUCUCACUCAGAGGACAGAGGAGCUGGAGAAGGACAGGGAUCGAGUCCGAUUGGCUCUGGAGCAGACAGAGGCAGCUUUGAUUGGUUAUCAGGAGAGAGCCCACCAACUGGAGCAGAGCUCAGGGGCAGCGUCAAUGUCAGACAAGGCUGUGGACGACAGGCUGCUCGUCCUGCAGCGUCUUGUCGCUGAACUGGAGCUGGAACAGAAACGACUGUACAAGAAAAAUACUCAUCUGGAAAAUCAAAAAGAAAAACAGAAGAGAAACAGAGACACACUGAGAGACACACUGAAACAGGUGGAGGUUGAGCGGUCUACGCUGAGACGGCAACUGGUUGACAGCAGCAGAUCUCAGUCUACAGAAACCACAGAAGAAGAGCAUCUGAGGAGACGAGUGGUGGAGCUGGAGCAGCAGGUGAGUCAGCUCCGUCUCUCAUUGACUGUGGAUCGGCAGCAGAGGGCGGAGUUUAUCCAGCAGUCUUCCAGAAACAGCCAGUGGCUGCUCUCUCUCAGAAACGACCUCAGUGAUUCGCUGGCCAUCGUCACACACCGUCCAGUCCCGUCGGUUCUGGAGUCUGAGACGCAGCGAUUGGACCGCAGCCUGAUAGAGGAGGAGCUUAGGAUGUCCCUCAGCCAAUCUUAAGGGCUGAAAAAUAUGAACUCUAAACUGAGAUCCUGACCAAAAGACACUCAGAUGUACUGUUGCUAUGGAAACUGAUUAUUGACGAGAGUUUUUUUUUAAGGACAUUAAACAACAACUGGAGUUUUUGUAAACAGGAAGUAAACUGACCAACUAGGUGGUGAAUGUCCGCAUAGUUGACUGCCUCCUCAGUCAUAGGCAGCCAAUCAGGAGAGACUUGAUGAUGUGACAGUGAUCAGUUCACUGCCUUAUUUAUUGUUCUCUAUUUUUAUUUAUUUUAUUCCAGUCUUAGUUGUAUUUUUGGCUCACAUAAAGGUCAGAGGUUAGCUGUGUUUUUAAGUUCAAUAAAGUUUUAAAGUUGUAAAGUAUUUUUUGCUCUGGCUGUAAUUCCCUGUGCCGCCUGCAGGAGGUGCUAACACAGAGGAGCCAUGAGUUAAACUUGUUGGAGAGUUUGUCUCCCUCUUAUGGCAGUGACAGUAAUUACACUUCAGUGAUCCGUCGGUCUGUGAUCCAAUGAACUGCAAGCUGCCUCCUCCAUCUCUGUUGCUAUGGUUACUUCCUAUGGUUUCUCUGCGUCACAUCAGAGGAGAAUCAGCUGUAGAUAAUCAGUGUUUCACGAGCUGAUGUUUAUGUAACUUUAGCAACACAAUAUUCUUUUUCUUCUGUUUCUUCUUCGUUGUCUUUGCCUGAAUGAGUUUGUCCAUCAUCCCCGUCAUCGUGCAGCUAAACAGGAAACAAGCAGAGGUUUGAUGAGAAGAGUUUGGAGGCGGAGCUCAUAUACAAAUUAAAAGAUCUGUAAAUACUUAA